AUGAAGAAAAACAUAAUUUUAUGGAUAAUUCUCCCUUUCAUACACAUUUACGGGUUUUCUGUUUAUGAUGAUAUCUUAAGUCAACCACGUUAUCAAAUAAACUUUAAAAAAAUGCCUAUAUCAAGAGGAAUAGUCAAUGAUCGUCUUUUAACUGACAAUAGGACACAUAAGGAUGAUAUAGAAUAUGAGAUAUUAAAGCUUAAAAACGAGGAAUAUCUCUGCACAAUACCUAAAGUUAAUGAUGAGUUAAUAGAAAAUGAAGAAACUCCAGAAGAAAAAAUUAAAAAAGAACAAGAAGCAGAUAAGGCAUUAGAAAAAGGGCUAAAAUUAUUAUCUUCUAUGGAGAAUACAUGUAUUUAUUAUUUGGAAGGAUGGUGGACAUAUGUUUUUUGUUAUAAUAAAUAUGCAAAACAAUUUCAUCAAAAAGAAUGGGAUGGUACUCAAAGAGGUCUUCGUAUGUUAGAGAAUCAAAGUGAAAAUUAUUAUUUUUUAGGAAAGUUAAAUGCAACUACAAAGAAAAAAGAACCAGAACUUCCGUCUAAAAUAGAAUAUAAUGGAGAUUCUUAUUAUAUUAGUCAGAGAAUGCACGGAGGUACAUAUUGUAAUCUUAUUCAAGAUAAUCGACAUAUUGAAAUUCAGUAUAUAUGUGAACCUGAUACUUAUGACAAAAUUAUGUUUAUAUCAGAAGUUUCUACAUGCUCAUAUAAAAUGAUUGUUCAUACGUCAAAAUUAUGCAAAGAGUCUUUUUUUAAUCAAAUAAAUAAUAAAAACGUACAUAUUGUUAGUUGUGAAAAGAUAUUGAAUAAUAAUGAAUAUGCCGAAUUGAUGAACGUUUUAUAUCCGAAAACACCUAAUAAUUUACGUUUGGAUCUUUUCUUUUCUAAUCUCAACGUUAAACAUAUUGCUAAACAAAAAAGAAAGAAGAGAAUUGAGAAAAAUAGAAAUACAUUUAAUUCUUCAUAUAUAUAUAAAAAUGAAAACUAA